GCGUCGCGGAGCCGCGCCUUGGUCCCCUACCUUCACAACAUGGCUUUCAGUUUUGGGGCUCCCUCGGGCACCUCGGGCACCGCUGCAGCCCCCGCGGCCCCCGCGGGAUUUGGUGGGCUUGAGACUGCCAACUCCACCGCCAGUGGGUUUAAUUUUGGGGGUUUCGGAUUAACUGCUAAUCCAGCAGUGAACUUUAAUAUUGGGAAUUUCGGUGUUUCUACCACCUCGGUGACUCCGUUCAAUUUUGGUAACAGUCUGGCGAGUGCAGGUGGGUUUGGAGGAUUUGGAACAACAUCUACAACUGCAGGUUCUGCAUUCAGUUUUUCUGCCCCAGCUAACACAGGCACUACUGGACUCUUUGGUGGUACUCAAAACAAAGGUUUUGGAUUUGGCACUGGCUUUGGCACAACAACAGGAACUAGUACUGGUUUAGGUACUGGUUUGGGAACUGGACUGGGAUUUGGAGGAUUUAAUACACAGCAGCAGCAGCAAACUACAUUAGGUGGUCUCUUCAGUCAGCCUACACAAGCUCCUACCCAGUCCAACCAACUGAUAAAUACUGCGAGUGCUCUUUCUGCUCCAACAUUAUUGGGAGAUGAGAGAGAUGCUAUAUUGGCAAAGUGGAAUCAACUUCAGGCCUUUUGGGGAACAGGAAAAGGAUAUUUCAACAAUAACAUUCCACCAGUGGAAUUCACACAAGAAAAUCCCUUUUGCCGAUUUAAGGCAGUAGGUUAUAGUUGUAUGCCCAAUAAUAAAGAUGAAGAUGGGCUAGUGGUUUUAGUUUUCAACAAAAAAGAAAUAGAUAUUCGAAGCCAGCAACAGCAGUUGGUAGAAUCAUUGCAUAAAGUUUUGGGAGGAAACCAGACCCUUACUGUAAAUGUGGAGGGUAUUAAAACAUUGCCAGAUGAUCAGACAGAAGUUGUCAUUUAUGUUGUUGAGCGUUCUCCAAAUGGUACUUCAAGAAGAGUUCCAGCUACAACACUAUAUGCUCAUUUUGAGCAAGCCAAUAUAAAAACACAAUUGCAGCAACUUGGUGUAACCCUCUCUAUGACUAGAACAGAACUUUCUCCUGCACAGAUCAAACAGCUUUUACAGAAUCCUCCAGCUGGUGUUGAUCCUAUUAUCUGGGAACAAGCCAAGGUGGAUAACCCUGAUUCUGAAAAGUUAAUUCCUGUACCGAUGGUUGGUUUCAAAGAACUUCUCCGAAGACUGAAGGUUCAAGAUCAGAUGACUAAGCAGCAUCAGACCAGGUUAGAUAUCAUAUCUGAAGAUAUCAGUGAGCUACAAAAGAAUCAAACUACAACUAUGGCCAAAAUUGCACAAUACAAGAGGAAACUCAUGGAUCUUUCCCAUAGAACAUUACAGGUCCUAAUCAAACAGGAAAUUCAAAGGAAGAGUGGUUAUGCCAUCCAGGCUGAUGAAGAGCAGUUGCGAGUUCAGCUAGAUACAAUUCAGUGUGAACUAAAUGCACCUACUCAGUUCAAGGGCCGACUAAAUGAAUUGAUGUCCCAAAUAAGGAUGCAGAAUCAUUUCGGAGCAGUCAAAUCUGAAGAAAGAUAUUACAUAGAUGCAGAUCUGUUAAGAGAAAUCAAGCAGCAUUUGAAACAACAACAGGAAGGCCUUACCCACUUGAUUAGCAUCAUAAAAGAUGAUCUAGAAGAUAUAAAGUUGGUAGAACAUGGAUUGAAUGAAACCAUCCACAUCAGAGGUGGUGUCUUUAGUUGACAGUUCACAAACUUGUUUUAGAGGUUUGUGAAAUCCAUCUUCUUACUGCAUCGGGCCUUUCUUAAGAGUGAAACCGACCACAUGGAGAAAAAGAAAAAACAAAAAAGUCCUUUCCUGGCUUGGUUUUUUAAGAAGGUUACUGACAAAUUACUGUUCAUCAAAUCUGAAAUAACAUAGUCACCUCACAGAUCUUCAAAGAUAACCUUUGAAAGAUUUAUAUCUAAACGCUCUAUUUACCUUAAAAAGAGAAAUACAUAAUUACCAAAAGUAUAUGUACUAUUGUACAUUUAUACAACAGCAUUUUCUUAAAUAUAAUCAGUGUUUAAUGAUUAUUCUCCAUUGACCCUGUACUCUGCUUUCCAUAGCAAGUAAAUAUGAAAUGUCUACUUUGCACAUAAUAAACUAUAAUUACUUGGCCGUUGGAUUUGUACUUCAGAUUAUAAAUGUACAUCAGUUUUUAUAUCUGUGAAUUUAACUGUGGGAGGAGUAAAGAAAGUCCAGAAGUAUUUAAUGAUUAAUGUGGUUUUCUUUUUGUUCUAUAAAGAUUUGAAAAUAUAUUUUUAUAUUAUUUUACUUAUUUGGAAUUUACA